UUCAUACCGGCCCAGUUCCAUUUAUUCCCUGCCAGCCUAUCUACACUCUCCCUUAUCCUUGUGACAAUUCCUGUAUAGAUUUAUAUAAAAAAAUAUAAAAAAGAUCAAAUAGUUACAUCAAGAGAUGGCUUUUGUGUGUGUCACAGCUUAUAAAGGAUUUCCUUGCAUCUCUCCCCUCCUUGGUGGGACGUACGCCAGAUUGGGAUUUUGGCGCUGAAAAACCUUGAGAGAGAGAGCGCUCUGGACUGGCCGAUUGUGAGGACCUCUUGGUUGGAGCUAGCUGUGAGUGCUGACUGGAGAUGAUAAGUCAAAAUAUGGCUCCGCUGCCAGGCGCUGCUAAUGUGCUGUUGCUUUUGGCCUUUUCUUUAUCAGGGACGUCUCCACAGAGGAUCAUAGGGGGUCAGGAGGUCCUGCCUUACUCUAUCAAAUACCAGGCAUCGCUGCAGUUCAGUGAUACCAAGCAACACUACUGUGGAGGAACCUUAGUGCACCCUGAGUGGGUGGUCUCUGCUGCCCACUGCUGGAGACCGAGCAGUCGAAUGCUGGUGGUGUUAAGUGAACACAGCCUGGACAAGGAAGAAGGAUUUGAACAGGUCUUUAAUGUCUCAAAGAUAUUUGUCCACAACUUUAACUACAACUCAUUCGACAACGACAUCAUGAUGAUCAAGCUGAGUAGGCCGGCCCAGCUGAAUGCUAACGUCCAGCCAGCUGUUCUGCCUGAUGAUAGCGCUCCUUCACUUUAUAAUGACGUGUGCACAGUGAGCGGCUGGGGUGUGACACAGAUUUACAGUUACUCCCUGUCUCCUGUGCUACGUUCUGUGGACGUGAGAAUAGUUCCCUACUGCUCUUAUUACUACUGGGGGAGGAUCACUUCAAACAUGCUGUGUGCUGGAUCUCAAUUAGGUGGCAAAGAUUCCUGCCAGGGUGACUCCGGUGGUCCCCUUAUCUGCAAUGGCCUCUUCGAGGGCAUUGUCUCCUGGGGUAUCAGCUGCGCAAACCCUUACUUCCCUGGAGUCUACACCAAAGUGAGAAACUACAUCCCUUGGAUCAAAUGGAUCACGGAGCAACAAUAAGACACCAUGAACAGUCAUCACAAUCCUUGAUGAGCAGCCUGCAAAGACAGGCUUCAAGAUUUAUUCAUUUUGAAAACAAAUAGCAAUGGCCUAUUUCAUUACUAAUAACUUUCUUUGUGGGGGUUUUCUUUAUAACACUAACUAUCACCUUCACAGACUUAGUUUAAUUGCAAUUCAUAAUGUUGGGGUAUGCUAUAUAGAGCCUGGGUUAUCAUCUCUAGAUAUAAGGUUUCUGGGAAAUGUGUUAAUAUGCUUACAAUUAAUUGAUUUCCAUUCAUUUAUUGUUCUGAUAGAGAAAAUACAGAAAUAAACCCAUUAUAUUGUCA